GCCCGACUCGACACGAGGCUCUUCCGACGGCAGCGUGGCCUCCGGCAGCCAGCCACAGGGCAAGGAGGCACCCCCAGCCAGGAGCGCGCCGAGGGCACGCGAGAGGGGGUGCACGGCACGCGAGGGCACCCGCGGCUCUGCAGGGCCGCCCUGCCCGGUGCACGCCGACGGCAGCACCGGCACCCCACCCUCCGUGCCGAGGGAGGCCUCUGCGCUGCUCGGGCUCGUCGGCGGCCGCGGGAGGCGCCGCGCGCGGGGCAGCGCAGGGGCCCCGCCUGGCUGCGGCGGCCGCCGCCGCUCCGGCGCCUCGCCUCGGCAGCGCCGCCGGCGCUGGGCAGGGCGAUGACCUGCUCCGCGGCCUGCUCCGCGGCCCCGGCGCCUCCGCGCGGGCGUUGA